CCACAUCUGCUUCUCUUCUGUAACCUGAAUAAUGUCUUUCUCAGCGACUGCAUCAAAGAGAAUGCCGCUAUACCUGGCGGCUUUGCUAGUGUUGUGGACUGUUUCGGCUGUGUCCUCGUCGUCUGAAGGCGAGAUAUACACACUAUGUAAUGUGCAGAAGUACUCCGAUGGCUCCCAGUUUGAUAGGAAUUUGGCGGCGCUCUUUAAAACGUUGACAGACAAAGCAGCCUAUGCGGGCUUUGCCGCUUCGGUUAAUGGGCGGCAGAAGCCGAACCGACUGUCGGGGCGCCUCCAGUGCAGAGGAGAUCUGUCUUCCGCCGACUGCGGCACUUGUUCAGCGAAGGCAGUGAAGGCCAUCCGCAGCAAAUGCCCCAAUGCCAUUGGCGCCCGCGUUCAGCUGGAGCAUUGCUUCCUUCGCUACGAGAAUUACACAUUUCUCUCGCAGUUGGACACAAAUCUCAUGUACGACCUCGUCAAUGUCAAUAACAAUACGGACACCAGAUUUAAUAAUGAGGCUCGCAGUCUUUUGGUGGAUCUGUCGAGGAAGGCCCCCGCCAGCCCUAUUAAGUUCGGCAUGGGAUCGUCUGUUGUUUCUUCGAAUGUGAGCAUCUAUGCCAUGGAGAUGUGCUGGAGGGACAUGUCCAGGAAAGACUGUGCGGCAUGCCUUUCCAAGGGAAUUGAAGAGCUCUUCGACUGCUGCAGCGGAAGGGUGGGUGUUCAAGUGUUCAUGGACAGCUGCACCCUGCGCUAUGAAACCUAUCAGUUUGCCAAGCAGUAUUAGACUUUAACCCAUCUAUGCGACUCACUUUCUGUAUGUGAGGUGAGCAUGGGAAGCAUACUCGCCAAAUGAAGAACUAGUAAUAAGAAUAAUAAAACCACAUGUGAGAUCGUUAGUUGGCCUUAAUAAAAUGUAUGUUACAGGCUUUA